AUGGCAUCGGCGCGCAUGGCUGCGUUGGCGGUGUUGGCGCUCAUGAGCGCAUGCAGCGCAGAGGCCAGGGUGCGUCCGCCUGUAGUGUCCCUGUCCAUCUAUUCUCGCUCUGAGAGCGCUGGAAACAUUCUUGUCGGGGAGGAACUUGCAGGGAUGGGAGAGAACUCAACGUCUUCUCAGUCAGGGUUCAAUGUGCGCAAAGCUGUGGGGAACUUGGCCACCUACCAGAAAGAGCAUCCUGACUUUGCUGAGGGAGUGGCGAUCUGGAUGCUUGUGGGAAACUCACUGUUCAUCAUCGGAGUGAUCAUGGCGAUCUUCUCUGAAGUGAAGGCUGUGUUGAUAUGCAGAGAUCAAGAUUUCCGUAAGAGUCUGUGGGACAAUGGGUUCAUGAAGCCUUCCAGUGCAGGCAUAGCGGAGCUCGAGGAAAGGGAAUCGAUGCAGAUGCGGCCGAGGGCGUACCUUACGUUUCUCUCGUUGCUCUUCAUGUACAUUGGGAUUGGCUGCAUGUUGUAUCCCCUCUGCGAUGUGCUGGACAUCAUCGGCUUGCCCACGGCCCCUUGCUUCGUGCUCGUUGUUUUUGGAUCGUUUUUCGCCUCCUUCUGCGUGUUGACCUUCAUUCUAUUCCUCGCCUGGUCUUGCACAAGGUUCUAUGCGGCAAUGGCUUUCCUGGUCAUCUCAGUUUCGGGCAUGUUGCUGCUUCCCACGGGAAAUGUGAUCUUGAUUAUCAUCUGGAUGGUGGUCACUUUUGGAGGAGGAUACUGGUACUUCAAGUACCUUCCAGAGUUCUACUCGGCCAGCGGCGACGAGCUGCCGUUCUGGGUGCAGGACGUGGGGGAGCUGAGCGUCACGUGGGAUGCUGCUGAGUGGGGAGAGACUAUGAACACUGCGUUCACCAACUUCACAUCGGAUGUCAAGAACUCCGUCCCUACUGACGCUUCUGCUCUGCUGGGAGAGAAGAAGAAGUGA